AUGGCGGCUCCUGAAUCGAACCCUGCGGUUGCCGCUCCAGCGACAGUCGACCAGCGGAGCACUGUGGGGUCGGCAGAACAUGACAAAGAGGCUCAGUCGGAUCAAGUUGGACGAGAAAUGACUCCAGAAAAUCUGGAAGGGAAGAGCGCUUGCACUGGUGAUAAGGGAGGACUCAACCGCAAGAGAAAGAGGGGAGGACACGAAGACUCGUUCUUCCCGAAAAAGAGGGACGAAAUGACGCCGGAACAGCUGAAACAAAGAAUCAAGAGGCAGGUGGAGUACUACCUCUCUGACGAAAGUCUUACUUUCGAUACAUUCUUCCAAAGCAAAAUGCGCGAGGCCGCGCAACAGGGAAAAGGAGAGGCACUGGAUCUUCGCUUCGUGUUGAGCAGCCCUCGAAUCAAGUCUCUGAAUUUGACCAAGGCAGAAAUCCUCGCCGCGAUUGCAGAUUCGACUCUCGUCAAAGUGAAGGAAGAGGCUGACGGCACAACGUUGCUCUACCGCGAAACGCCUCUGCCCGAGCUGCAAGAACGACCGCAGCGAGGAGCUGCGGGAGGCCGCCGAGAAGACGGAGGCGCUGGCGGAGCCUUCAGGAUUCCGCAGGGAAUCGGCAAGGACCCGCACGCUGCAGGAGUCUUUCUCAAGCUGUGUGACAUUCCGGAAAAUGUCCAACAGUGGCAGCAAGUCAAGGAUGCUAUCAAGGAGAAACUGCCUGGGGAGGUCUUUGUGAAAUUCGUUUCCAAAAUCGACGAAGUGUCGGUUGCCGGGGACAAGAAGACGCGCCGGUGCUGGGUCUAUCUCGGCCCGUUUGAGAACGACCGCGAGACACUCCAAAAGAUGCAGCCGAUCAAAAUCCCCCUCGGCGAAGGCGAGGCAGAGGCGCACAUUUUGACAGACCAGGAGGUUCGCCUUUGCGUGCAAGAUCUUCCCCCGAGGAUCCGGAUGGCUCGGGAGAAAGAUCUCCAGACCCUCAGAAGGCAACUCGCCGCGCUGCCUCUCUCGUUGGGAGGCGUGCCGUUCAAGAGCGUCGAGCACCUGCGCAUGUGCAUGGCGGAGUUCCUGCAGAAGACGCCGGUCGACCAGGCGUUGAAGCCUAACUCCGCUGCUGAGAAGGCCGUCAAGAGUCUGCUCGACUACCACCCGAAGGCGUACAUGAAGAAGGGCGGUCGCGACCGGGAAGUCGUCGGCAUCAAAGUCGGCUUGCACGACAAACUCGACAGCCAGUCUGGCGAGCGCAGCAAGUGCUUCUUCGUUGUUCGCAAGAAAAAGGGAGAGGAGCAGAACGAAGAAGACGAAGAGGACUUCUCUGUGAGCAAGUGCAUUUCGGAGUUGGCAAAGGAUCCCCCUUGCGAUGCCGAAGAACUCAACAAGUUGCUGCAAAAACGUUACGAGUCAGUGGCCCAGCAGCGGGCGCAUGCAGCCGAACAGGCGCAGAAAAGGCGCAAGAUUCGCGAAGAAGCUGCGCGGGUGACUGGCGCCGCGGGAGCCGUGGAGCCUGCAGAGACGAGCGCGAAAGAGGCACAGAAGGACGACGGACAGAGUGCCGAUAAGAACACCGAAAACUGCAACUCCGCGUCAACGGAGAGCGCUGCGGGCGGCGCAGGCGAGCAGACAGGCGGCGAGACGGCAGCCAAGGUCAGUUCCCAGAAUGCGGAGUCGAACGCGGAGAAAACCGCGUAG